AAAACAGCCAGCAGUACUGAAUCGAACGUGUCAAGCAACGAUCUUCACGAGGAGUUUAAAAACGAAUCUAAUUUUUAAAUAACUCCGUAAAGCAAGGCGCACUAGAGAGAGCUUAUAUUAUUUAAAAAGCCAGAAUUCUAUAGUGACGUGAACCAACCGUAAAUUAAGCUUUAACAUGACAAUCGCUCAGGAAACGUUCGAUAAUUUCGAAGAGAAAACAAUCGUUAGUGGUGACAACGAAAACCUGACACGACUAGAAAUAUCACACAAAACUGUAAAUAAGUUUGAUAUUGCGAACAUUUUGGAAACCCUAGACUGUGAUGAAGAAAAUCAGCAGGUGAAAAUAUCAUCACAAACUCAGGUAAGUUUUGUAACAUCAAUAAAGAAAUCAACGGCAUUGUCAUCCUCGUCGAGUAGUGGUGUAAAUGUUAGCGGGCGCGCAUUUUUAAGUCCCCGUCAACAAGAAUAUUUUGCACCCAGGUUGAGCACGGAUUCGAUUAGCGAUGGAGGAUACUGCUCGUCUAAUGAUGGUAAGCGUAGUACUAGUAAUUAUGAGCAAGGCGUUAAACAGAGAUUGUCCAGUACAUGGUCACGUGACUCAGAGCAGCCUGACAGUGACAGCGCCAGUAAUGUGUCGGCAACUUUGACCGAGCCACAACCGCCUCAACAUUGGCGGUUUGCUAAAGCGGAGCCAGGUGACUGUGAAGAAGGAGACGGUGACGACGAACUGGAGACGACAAAGAAGGAAAUUACCUUCGAUAACGACAACAUGAAGAAGUGGCUUUAUAUUAGUAACUAUAAACAGCGAAGCCCGCAGAGUUCAUACAACAAAUGGUCACUGGAUUCUCGUCGAUUCAGCAACGGCAGUAGCAGUAGCACUGAAAGCGGUAUUUUCUCUGGUGCUGACCAUAACCAUCAGCCUCCUUUGCCUGAAAAAAAAUACGAAUGUAAGAUAGUGCAGAAAAAGUGUAACGAUCGCAAGUGUCGAUCAAAUUUCCCCGUAAAUAUUGCUAAUGACAGAUUUUAUGAUAAGACGCCACCUGGCAGGCCUAUACCGACUUCGGGAACGCACUUCGCUAGCAGCAAGUCGUUCAAUGCAUUGGCGGCUUCGGCUUUGCCACAACCGCCACAGCAUUGGCUGCUUAGAAAGCCCGAGCAGCUAAGCUUUAAAGUUGUGGAGGAUAUAGAUGAAAGAGAGUUGGCAAGGAAGGCAAACACCUUCGAUUAUUACAACUUGAAGAUGUUGCUCACAGUGGGUGCAUAACUUUCAAGCGGAAUAUAUAUACUUGAGAUGUUUAUAUUUCACUGGUUAUUUUAACACAAAGAAGUAAAGUAAAAUAUGUAUAAGUAGUAUUGCUCCCAAGAUACUACCUAUAUUGAACUGAAAUAAAUUUAAAAAUAAAUAAAUCGAGACCUUUUAUUCAAA